AUGGCAGCUUUUUAUCCACCAGGGCAUACGCAGUUGCCCCGAGCAGAUGCCAUUCGUUCACGUCUUGUUGAUACCUUCUCUCUCAUUGAGCAUUUGCAAGGCUUGACCCAAGCUGUCCCACGGCACACUAUCCGGGAGUUAUUUGAUCCUUCCCGUCAGAAGAAACUUUUGCUGGGAGAUCAAAAUCAGCUAGUGCGCUUCUCCAUAAAGCCUCAUCAUGUAGAACGGAUUACACAUGCCCGGAGACUGAUGAGCAGACUUCAUGUGCGCUGCAGCCAGAGGCCACCUCUUUCUUUGUGGGCUGGAUGGGUCCUUGAACAUCCUCUUUUCACAAACUUUAUUAUCUUCCUUAUCUUUUUUAAUACAAUUGUAUUGAUGGUUGAAAUAGAAUUGUUAGAAUCCACAAAUACGAAACUGUUGCCAUUGAAGUUAACUCUGGAGGUGGCAGCUUGGUUCAUCUUGCUGGUUUUCCUCUUGGAGAUCCUUCUUAUGUGGACAUACAGUUUUUCCCUCUACUGGAAGAGUACUUGGAAUGUCUUUGACUUUGUUGUUACUAUACUGUCCCUGAUUCCUGAGAUCGUGGUGCUGGUAGGAGUGACAAGCCAGUCUGUAUGGCUCCAGUUGCUGAGGAUCUGCAGGGUGCUGAGGUCUCUGAAACUUUUUGCACGAUUCCGUCAAAUUCGAGUCAUUAUUUUGGCUCUUGUCAGGGCCCUCAAGACUAUGACCUUCCUCUUGAUGCUGCUGCUUAUCUUCUUCUAUGUGUUCGCUGUGGCUGGUGUCUACUUCUUUGAAGAAUAUACCCGUUCCUCUCGUCAGGACCUUAAGUACCAAAUGUUCUUCUCGGAUGUGCUAAAUUCUCUAGUGACAGUUUUCAUUCUUUUCACCUUGGACCACUGGUACUCACUGCUUCAAGAUGUCUGGAAAGUACCUGAAGUCAGCCGCACCUUUAGCAGCUUAUAUGUUAUCCUUUGGUUGUUGCUUGGCUCCAUUAUCUUUCGAAAUAUCAUAGUCGCUAUGAUGGUUACUAAUUUCCAGAAUAUCAGGAAUGAGCUGAAUGAGGAGAUGACACAUCUAGAGGUUCAGCAUAAAGCCGGCAUAUUCAAGCGACAGAUUAUCCAGAGGAGACAAAACCUAGCCCCUGAGGUAAUAAGAUCAAGCCACAGCAAAACUGAUAGCAGACUCUUUGUCUGUAAGUUAGACUGGGAGACUCAUGUGCACCAGAAUCUGCCUGGACUAAUGGAAAUGGAUCAAGAAGAACGUGUUGUAUGGCCCAGAGAUUCACUCUUCCGAUAUUUUGAGUUGCUAGAAAAACUUCAGUAUAACCUAGAAGAGCGAAAGCGAUUGCAAGAGUUUGCAGUGCAGGCAUUGAUGAACUUUGAAGACAAGUAA